CUUGAUGACGAGAGCGUAGCCGUGUGCGACCUCACGCCAUUCAACCUUGCAUUGAACUCAUCAUUACGCAUUUGACAAUUGAGAGACAGCGGGACAGAGGCCGGAGAGAGGGGAGGGAGAGGAAAGUGGUCUUAUGUUUGGUUUCGAGUCAUCGUCACGUCUGGAUCUUGUUUGGGACCUAAACUAAGCAACGCAUCCCCUCUUUCUCUCUCUCUCUCUGUUCUAUCACCUGCUUUUGUAUUCCAGUAAACAGCUGUAGCAUUAAAAAACAGAGCAGGUCGGGGCAUCAUGAGCUUGGUAAUUUAUCAGGCGAGGAGGGUAUCAUUUCAAAGGAUUUUACAGUGAACCGAGCAGAGAAUCGCUUUGGUUUUCCAAUUUAGUAUGUGGUGGUUGCAUUUUCUUAACUGCAGCUUUAUCUUGGAGAUAAAAAGGAAGAAAAAAAUGGGGAGGAACAAAUACAGGAAACCAACCAGUUUCCGUUGCGAUGCAGGAAGCAGAUGUUCAGUGUCUGCUGUGGUUUGGAGCCUGGUGGGAUGUCUCGUUCUGUUUCAUCUUGGCUCCCUUGUUCAUCACAAAGAUGGGGAGGGUACGGAGAUCCAAAUGCGCAUGAAUCAUGACCCGCAAUUCCGUGAACUUGAGAAGGUAGAGGACGAGAACAUCCAAGUUCCCCCACCAAGGGGAAAGCGAUCUCCACGUGCUGCAAAAAGGAGGCCUAAGCGGACAACCACACUAAUUGAUGAAUUUCUCGAUGAAUCUUCCCAAAUCAGACAUGUAUUCUUUCCCAAUCAGAAAACUGCCAUAGAUCCAAUGAAGGAAGUGGGGAAUGAUAGCUUCUACUAUUAUCCAGGAAAAAUUUGGUUGGAUACUGAUGGAAAUCCAAUACAGGCUCAUGGAGGUGGUAUUCUGUAUGAUGAGAGAUCAAGGACGUAUUAUUGGUAUGGAGAGUAUAAAGAUGGGCCCACCUACCAUUCUCACAAAAAGGGUGCUGCACGGGUUGACAUAAUUGGAGUGGGUUGCUACUCUUCCAAGGACUUGUGGACUUGGAAAAAUGAGGGCAUUGUGCUGGCAGCGGAGGAAACAAACGAAACUCAUGAUCUCCACAAGUCCAAUGUGCUUGAAAGGCCAAAGGUAAUUUACAAUGAGAAGACCAGAAAAUAUGUAAUGUGGAUGCACAUUGAUGAUGCCAACUAUACGAGAGCUGCCGUUGGUGUUGCCAUCAGCGAUUAUCCUGCUGGUCCCUUUGAUUACCUAUACAGCAAACGGCCUCAUGGAUGUGACAGUAGGGACAUGACAGUCUUCAAGGAUGACAAUGGUGUAGCAUAUCUCAUUUACUCUUCUGAGGACAAUAGCGAACUGCACAUAGGGCCGCUGACUGAAGAUUAUCUGGAUGUGACACAGAUCGCGAGAAGGAUUCUGACGGGACAACAUCGGGAAGCCCCUGCUCUGUUCAAGCACCAGGGGACUUAUUAUAUGAUCACAUCGGGCUGCACAGGGUGGGCUCCAAAUGAGGCGCUGGCUCAUGCUGCUGAGUCUAUCAUGGGGCCAUGGGAGACAAUGGGAAACCCUUGCAUAGGAGGAAACAAAAUUUUUCGACUGGCAACGUUUUUUGCUCAGAGCACUUUUGUUGUUCCCAUGCCAGGGUUCCCAGGUUGGUUCAUUUUUAUGGCAGAUCGGUGGAAUCCAGCUGAUUUGAGGGAUUCAAGAUAUGUAUGGUUGCCCUUAAUGGUGGGUGGAGUGUCUGACUGGCCUCUCGAAUACAAUUUUGGGUUCCCAUUAUGGUCCAGAGUUUCAAUCUAUUGGCAUAGAAGGUGGAGACUACCUUCUGGGUGGAGUGCCAAACAAUGAUAUGGGGUUUUCAUGUUUGUAUGAGAGUUUAGUGUACCAUAUGAGAGGGCUCUCGGUAAAUCUUUCACGGCUUUUUAUUGCGUGUUGUUGCAAUUCAGAAGCAUUCUCUUAUUGUGCACAGCUCAAUAAUCAUGUAGAAUUUUAGUCUUGAGUGCUGCUGGUGAUUUUGCAGCUCUGUUUAGGUUGUUCAUAGUAGUUUUAAAGGUCAGUUUCAAGGAAUGAUUAUCCAUCUAGUGGAGAUUUUACUUCUAUACUGUAUAUUUCUGCUGAAACAUUGGUAUGAGAGAGAGAGAGAGAGAGAGAGAGAGAGAGAGAGAGAGAGAGAGAGGCAGUUGUGUAAAUGAUCUAAAAUCUCAUUAGCUGCUAAAUGUUGAUGGGGAUGCAGAAACAAGAUUUAACCAUCUGAUCCUAAUCUUAGUAUUUUUUU